AUAGAGAGAGAGAGGUGACUUUAUGGAAUGUGUCCGACACUCAUACCUGUAAUCAUCCAGUCAGAAAUCGACAGGCUGUAGCUAAGACGGUUGUGCACACAGUAGAGAUGAACGGCAUUUUCCUGAUCUCCAGCCUGGUGCUCGCAGUGUCCACUGCUUUUCCAAAGCCACAUUUAGAAGGAGAGGAGCAUCAUCAAGUUUGCCCGGCCAUCUGUUCUUGUGUUCUCGAUGAGUUCAGCCUGGAGCUCAACGUGUACUGCAGUUCACAGAACCUGUCGAUCAUUCCAGCUGACAUCCCCAGUACCGUCCACUCCUUAUGGCUAGACAACAACAAUUUCACAUCCAUCCCAUCCUCUGCUUUCAACAGCAUGCCUCACCUAAACUUCCUAAACUUACAAAGUGGACAACUGUCAAGUUUGGAUGUGGACGUAUUCCAUGGGCUUGGAACACUUGCACACUUGCAUUUGGAGCAUAAUUUGCUGUGUUCACUCCCAACAAAUCUCUUCUUCCACACACCCAACCUGAUUUCUCUUAGCCUUCAGAGCAAUCAACUUUCUCGCAUUGAAGAUGGCCUCUUAUCAGGUCUGUCCAGCUUAUGGCUGCUUAAUUUAGGCUGGAACUCCUUAGUGGUGCUCCCCGAACCAAGCCUUCAGGACCUGCAGAACCUCAGGGAGCUCAAUCUAGCCGGUAACAGACUGGCAUACCUUCAAAUAAAGCAAUUUCAGGGACUAAUGGAGCUGAAAGAGUUGGACCUCACGGGUAAUCUAUUAAAAACCGUAAAGGCCACCAUUUUCCCCAGAUUGCAGAAGCUACAAAAACUGUACUUGAGUCAAAACCAAAUUAACACGGUGGCUCCUCAUGCUUUUCUGGGCAUGAAAUCUCUUCGAUGGUUAGAUCUGUCAAACAAUCGGAUGCCCAGUCUCUAUGAAGAGACCUUCACCGGUCUGCCAAGCCUCCAUGUUCUGCGGCUUUCCAACAACUCUAUUACCAGUCUACGUCCAAGGACAUUCCGGGAUCUGCAGUUUCUGGAAGAGUUGAGGCUUAGUUACAAUAAGAUUAAAAUGCUGAUAGAGAAGACUUUUGAAGGGCUCAGCCAUUUAGAGGUUUUAGCUCUUGACCACAACCAGAUUCAGGAUAUCCGUGUUGGUUCUUUCCUUGGUCUUGCCAAUUUGGCUGUGAUGAGCCUGUCUGGGAAUUGUUUUCGGAAUCUUCCAGAACUUGUUUUCAAAGGUUUGACCAAUCUUCACAGUCUCCACCUUGACAACAGCUGCCUGACCAGAAUAAAGUCUCAAACACUUUCAGGCCUCACGGGCCUUCAUCGACUCUUCCUCCAAAACAAUGACAUAUCUGUGAUCGAAAAGCAGAGUUUCGGAGACCUAGUAAGCCUUGAAGAGCUUGACAUGAGAUGUAAUAAACUGUCAUCUCUCACCUCUCAGAUGUUCCUCAGCCUGCAGAACCUCAGGUACCUUUGGUUGUCCUCCAACCAGCUUCAGCAUAUUGCAUCAGAUACCCUUUCGUCCCUUAAGCGUCUUUCAUGGUUAGAUCUUUCUUUUAAUAAGCUGGCAUCUAUACAGAAUGGAACUUUUCUCACCCUUGAGAAAUUUAAAUAUCUCAAUGUGAGUGGAAACAACCUCUCCAGUUUCUCUCAGCAGAUGCCAGACAGCUUGGAACAACUGUGGCUCAACGGAAACUCAUGGGUAUGUGACUGCACUGCUUGGAUGCUCUGGAAUUACAGCCUUAAAAAAGUCACGGUAGUCCCCCGCUUUCAGGAGAUGCUAAUGGAGGGAGACGACUCUCAUUCUGUGGUCUACAAUUACAAUAAUAUAACGUGUGCCAGCCCUGCCAAUGUCACAGGGGUCGAUCUCCGUGAUGUUGGUAGCGAUCACUUCCAGAACUGCAAGAUUUCACCUUCAAACAAGUGAACGUUGCAUCCCUACGUUUAGUCUGUUUUGCCUGAUCAUGCGAGCCGCGCCAAGACAACCAAUCUGAGAACAUCUGAAGUUCUUAAGUGACCUAAAAUGUCAGGCUCUGGGAACUGGCUUCACACUGUUUUAUACACCGUGUAAUUUCCAACAGCAAGUGAUAAAAGUACGCAUAAUUGAACUUGUCUGCUUUACCCUGCAUGCUUUGCAAUGUUUUUCGUUGGAGUUUUACUAAUUUCAUUAUACUCAUCUUUUCACAAAUUCUCUGUAAUCUUCAGUUAAAAAGGGACAGUAUACAAGAUGAGGCCUGUAGCAAUGUACACCUUAUGCUCAUUCUCUUUGGGGCUCUUCUUCCUAAUUUAAAUAUCAUUCAAAUACUGGGCUUUAAAGUUUUUGCAGUAAAAUGCGUCAUGUGGCAUGACAGUACAGCGUGUAGUGUCACUGCCACUCGGGUUGGAACCCAAGAUAACAUAAAAAUUGUGAUCACAAAUGGACUUCAGUUUCCCAGUUACCUCCUGUUCUUCUUCAUUAAAUUAUUUAUUACACGUUUCAUCCAGUGGAUGGCUCGAUGCACAGUGGUUCGCCCCGCCAUCCUGGUUGUUGUCCGCAUGGCGUUUUCACAUUCUCCCUGUGUUUGUGUAGGCCUCCCUUGGGGUUUUCCAGUUUACUUGCACGUCCUAAAUGUGGCUGAAGUCGCUUUAUGGGUGUGUGUGUGUGUGUGUGUGUGUGUCCCUUCUGCUUCCCAUUAUGCCUGCAUAGGCUCGGCCCCCUGUGGUCCUGCUUUGGUUUGAAAAAUGAAAGUGUGUCCUGAAAUGGACUUGUCAGUGAGCCAUUAUUUGUUUAAGAAAGAAUAUUCAGAAUCUUUUUUAAUGAAUGUUUUGUGUUUUAUUUACAUAAUUUGCACUUUUUUAUUUUUUGUAGUUAAAUUAUAAUUUGUUUGCAUUUCAGUGUUAAUUUUAGAUACUCAGCUAUGCUUUUUAAUGCUGUUAAAAAGUGAAGUUAAAAAUAAAUAUGGUAAGCGCA